AUGAACUGCACUCAAGCAAUCCUCUUGUUUGGGUUCUGGUAUGGCUAUCGGUGUGACUUCAGGGCAGAGGCAUCAGGCACCUUCGAUGUUGUUCGGUGCUGUUCGACGUCCAUCUUCGCAGAUGGCCACUUGGAUACCUCCAAAAGACCUGGUCAAGCUUCAAGACUCCGCAAAAAAGAAGAAGAUCAUCCUCCUGAAGAAGAAUGGCAGCAACUUCACAAUAAGGAGCAGCACUCCUGUCCAGAUAUUCAGCUGACCAGAUUUCAACGUGUAGUAUCGGUGCCUGAGAUUGUUCUGCCCUACAGAAACGCCCAACACCUUCUUGAAGGUAUCCGUGACGUACUUGGAGAACGUACCACUAGUAUACGGGUCACGAUUAGUAUUCUCAAACACAAAACGCCGUUUGUGCUCAGCUAGGUUGGUUUUAAUCACUUCAUACAAGACUCCCGUAAGCUUUGCAUCGUAGGUUCCAUAGGCCUUAGCGGUUUUGUAAUCUGAGAUACUCAUAUGAGCACACUUGUUUCGAGUAUCCAGCCACAUCUUGUUAGGUUGUUUAGACUUAUCGAAAUCGGACUUAUUUUUGAACACCUCCAUCUUGGCAUAAUCGGAUAAGCGCCUUGGUGGAAUUAGUACAUUGAGAGCCACCAAUAGAUGUGCAUUGGAUGCAAAUUGUUCUUUUCGCAAUCGCUUCUCGA